AUGACAGCCUUAGACGACCUGGACCUCUUACCGGAAGACUUUCCGCAGCCGAGUCCGUUUAUGUCAGAAUGGCCUCUUCGGCGAGACGUGGUCCAUAUGGAUCAUGGCUCUUCAGGGGCCUGCCCGACGAAGGUGCUCGAGCACCAAAAUGCGUUGCGAUGGGAACUGGAUCGUGGAUCCCCCGAAUUUUUCCUCUCUCGCUGGUCGCCUCGCCACCGCGCUGCGAAGGAGGCUCUAGCGCGCUUCGUGCAUGCCAACUACGACGAGCUACUGCUGACCCCUGGUUCGACCCUGGGUCUCAACAUCGUCACACAAAGCCAGCAGUUCCAGCCAGGCGACGAGCUACUGACGACCAAUCAUGCAUACAGCUCGGUGACCAUGCUCCUCCGACAUGUUGCAAACCGGGAUGGCGCCAAAGUGGUCAUUGCGCAGGUUCCAUUCCCCGUUGCAUCUGAGGAGGAGAUUGUCCAAAGUAUCCUGGCGUGUGUGACAGAACGAACCCGGUUCGCCAUCAUUGAUCAUAUUGUCAGCCGUUCCGGCUUGGUGUUCCCCAUCAAGCGCAUUGUCCAGGAACUAGCGGACCGUGGGGUAGACACCCUCGUCGACGGUGCCCACGGCCCGGGGCAGGUGCCAGUGGAUCUCCAUGACAUCGGGGCAGCAUACUACACCACCAGCUGCCACAAAUGGAUGUGUGCUCCGCGCGGGGUGGGAUUCCUGUACGCGCGUCGCGACCGGAUCCGCCGUCUCAAGCCCCUGAUUAUUGCUCGCUCUGGCCACUGGCGGGACUCGGACGGGGCCGCCUACAGUUGGUUGGAGCAUACCUUUGAGUGGAACGGCUGUCACGACCCAUCUGGCGUGCAUAGCAUGCCAAAGAUUAUCGAGUUUCUUGAAACCGCGCUGCCGGGCGGUCAUGCUGCCAUGGUCAAGCGAAACCAUGAGCUUGCUGUUGACGCGCGCCGGAAAGUGCUGGGGAUACUUGGUAUUGACCUUCCUUGCCCAGAUGAUAUGAUUGCCAAUAUGGUGGUGUUCCCCCUUCCAGACUCGGUGUUACCAGAGACUCAGGGCAUUCUCCCUCUGUGCAAGACGCUUUGGGAGAAUGAUCGUGCAGAGAUCCAGUGUUACCACUGGCCGGCCUACCCGAAACGGAUCUUCCGAUUUAGUGUUCAGCUGCACAACAGCAUGGAGCAGUAUGUCUGGCUGGCGGGGAAGAUCAAGGCCGCACUAGAUGAGGAGACUAGAAUAGCCCAAGCACAUGCUGCAGAGGUCAAUGGUCUUGGAACAUAG